GUUUCUCAUACAUGCGGAUGAAGUAUCUCUUCAUCUCUUGGUUAGUAGUAUUUAUUGGCAGCUGGGUUAUGUAUGUUCAAUACUCCACCUACACAGAACUAUGCAGAGGACAUGACUGUAGGAAAAUAAUAUGUGAUAAAUACAAGACUGGCGUUAUUGAUGGGUCAGCAUGUAGCAGUCUUUGUGCUAAAGAAACAUUGUAUUUUGGAAAAUGUUUGUCAACCAAGCCCAAUAACCAGAUAUAUUUAGGAAUCUGGGGAAAUCUGCAAGGUGUUAUAAAAUGCCAGAUGGAAGAAGCUGCUCAACUCGAUUUUGGUACUGAUCCAGAACCCAGGAAGGAAAUAGCCCUAUUUGAUAAACCGACAAGAGGAACCACUGUUGAGAAAUUCAAAGAAAUGGUAUAUGGUCUUUUUAAAGCAAAAUUGGGUGAACAAGGAAACCUUUCAGAAUUGGUUAAUCUCAUCCUGUCUUUUGCUGAUGGAAACAAAGAUGGUAGAGUUUCUUUGCCAGAGGCGAAAUCUGCAUGGGCACUUCUCCAGCUAGAUGAGUUUCUGCUAAUGGUGAUCUUGCAGGAUAAAGAACAUACUCCCAAACUGAUGGGAUUUUGUGGGGACCUCUAUGUGACCGAAAGAGUUGAAUAUACCUCCCUCUAUGGAAUCAGCCUUCCAUGGAUUAUAGAACUUUUCAUUCCCUCCAGCUUCAGAAGAAACAUGGACCAAUGGUUUACUCCAUCGUGGCCAAGAAAGGCAAAAAUAGCUAUAGGGCUUUUAGAAUUUGUGGAAGAUAUUUUCCAUGGACCUUACGGAAACUUUCUUAUGUGUGAUACAAGUGCCAAAAACUUGGGAUAUAAUGAUAAAUAUGAUUUGAAGAUGAUGGACAUGAGAAAAAUUGUGCCAGAAAUGAAUUUGAAGGAAAUAAUUAAAGAUCGUCAGUGUGAAUCAGAUUUGGACUGUAUUUAUGGUACAGACUGUAGAACUCUCUGUGACCAAAGCAAAAUGAGGUGUACCACAGAAGUAAUUCAGCCAAACUUGGCAAAAGCCUGUCAGCUACUUAAAGACUAUCUGCUUCGUGGUGCUCCUUCUGACAUCCAUGAAGAACUAGAAAAACAACUGUACUUGUGUAUUGCCCUUAAAGUCACAGCAAAUCAGAUGGAAAUGGAGCAUUCUUUAAUACUCAAUAACUUAAAAACUUUACUGUGGAAGAAAAUUUCCCAUACAAAUGAUUCUUAGCUUCUCCACCAGCAGAAGAGAAUACUGAUGCCUGCCACUAGAGGUGGCCUACCACAUUUGAUAAAAAUAAUCUGCGGCAUUUUUCAAAGACAUUUCUUUACUCAGAUUUCAUGAAUGGCUCUUUGACUCCUGCCC